UACCCGACGUCGGACCCGCUCAGUGCCUACCGCGUCGACGAGAUCCUUGCCGCGUCCGACGACAUUACUGCCAAACUCCGUCCAUACUAUUUUGAGUUGGAUGCGGCGAAGAGGCUCGCGAUUGCAAAAGAGCUCACUGCGGACACGCUCCCAACCUUGUUUGCAUGCGUCGAGGCGCGGCUCGUUGCAGCUGCUGCCAAGGGCCCGUAUCUCUUGGGUGAGAUGCUCUCGCUCGCUGACUUUGAGUUGUUUGUCGUACGCAUGAUCGUGCGGUCCGGGGAGUUGGCUGAUAUUCCCACGACGCUCUGCGGUGCAUACCCGCGCUGGAAUGAGAUCGCAGACGCCGUCGCCGCUCUGCCCAAGGUCCAGGCAUGGUACGCUAACCAUCCAUGA